CAAGCGAAGCACUCUCGUUUUUUUGGUAAGAACGAAGCACUCACUGGUCACUGGUUGUCUCCUCCUUCUUACCUUAAUGGAUCAGCUGAAAUACCACCUAAUCGGAGUCAUCACUGUCUCGAUCAUGAUUUUCCCGGUGACAUUAUCCAACGUCAACCAAAAUAGUUUUUCCUUUUCUACUUUCAAUCAAACCCAUUUAAACCUCUUCUCCGUUCUAGGCGAUGCAUCAAUCUCUGAAAGAUCAUUGGAGAUGACUCCAGAUUCGAUGAAACCCAACAUAAACCUCCAAAAAAAGUCCGGUAGAGUUCUUCUCCAACAACCAUUCAAGCUCUGGGAAGAAAUAGUUUCAUCAAGAUCACUACAUACAAGAUCUUACAAAAUUGCAUCUUUCACUUCAAAAUUUCUCGUAAACAUCUAUCGUCCUCCACUUUCAAACAUCGGUGAAGGUAUGGCUUUCCUUAUUGCUCCUGAAGAUUUUUCACUUCCAUCAAAUAGUCAUGGCCAAUGGCUUGGGUUAACAAAUGAAACCCUUGAUGGAAACCCAUCUAAUAAGUUCAUAGCCAUUGAACUGGACACAGUGAAACAAGAUUUCGAUCAAGAUGGAAACCAUUUGGGUCUCAAUAUCAACAGUGUUCGAUCUUUUAAGACUUUCUCACUUUCCAACGUUAAUAUUCAGAUCUCCUCUACUAAUCUAGUUGUUUGGGUUGAAUAUAAUGGCCAGACUAGAAUUUUGGAAGUUUAUAUGGCUAAGGAAGGGGAGAAGAAACCUAGAAGUCCAUUUAUUAGUGAGGAAGUGAACCUAGUGGAGCAUUUGAAUCAGUAUUCCUACAUGGGUUUUGCUGGAUCAACAGGAAAUAACUAUGCUGAGAUAAAUUCUGUACUGCAAUGGGAUCUUAUAGUGGAGGAAUUGCCUAAACAAAAAGAUUACACUUGGGUUCUAGUGUUGGAGAUGGUGGUGGGAGGUCUUGCAGGGAUGACUAUAUUGAGUGUGGUAGCUUACAAGCUUCUUGGGUGGUUGAAUAAGGAAGAGGAGAAGAAAGAUAUGACGUUAGGGGAGAGGCUGAAGAGCUUACCAGGGACACCAAGGGAGUUCACUUAUAAGGUUCUUAAGAGAGCGACCAAUGAUUUCGAUCAAAUGCAGAUGGUUGGACAUGGUUCAUAUGGAGUUGUCUACAAAGGGAUAUUGCAGGAGGAGAAUAUGGAAGUUGCAGUGAAGAUGUUCUACAGAACCGUUGUUAAGAGUAGAAAUUCUUUUCUAUCUGAGAUUUCCAUCAUCAGUCGGCUGCGACACAAACAUCUCGUACCAUUGAUUGGGUGGUGCCAUUACGAAGGUAUGCUCUUUUUGGUGUUUCAAUUCAUGCCAAAUGGUAGCCUGGACGACCAUCUAUGCUCACAAAGGAAGCUCAGUUGGGACCGUCGAUACAAGAUAGUGACUGGAAUAGCAUCUGCCCUACACUACCUUCAUGAAGAAUAUGACCAGAAGGUGCUUCACAGAGACCUCAAGCCCAGCAAUGUCAUGCUAGACUCCAACUUCGAAGCUCGCUUAGGUGACUUCGGGCUUUCAAAAGUCCUUGAAAAUGGAGAGAACUCCUAUGCCGGCAAUGGUGGCAUCUCUGGAACCAUAGGCUACAUUGCACCAGAGUGCUACUUCAAUGGCCAAGCCACCCAAGAAACUGAUGUGUAUGCAUUUGGUGCACUUGUGCUUGAGGUCGUGUCUGGUCGGCACCCAUGCUGUGUUAUUGCUGACUUUGACACACUUGUUGAUUGGGUUUGGAAGCACUAUAAGGAUGAUUGUCUCAAUGAGGCCAUUGACAAGAGCUUAGGUGAUGAGUAUGUUAUUGAGGAAGCAAACUGCCUACUGGUUCUAGGUCUUGCUUGCUGCAAUCCAAUACCAAGUGAGAGGCCGAAGACACAGGCAAUCGUCCAGAUUAUCUCCAAAUUAAUUCCACCACCUUAUGUACCCCCGGAGAAGCCCCUAAACCAAAUGGAGCAGCUGGAAAUGGGACUGAAAUCGAUGACCGAUAUUCCGAUGGUUGCGACGUUGAACUCAUUGUAUUGUGCAUCAGAUCAUAGGAGCCAACAAAGGGAAAUCCAUGAGUAUGUUGGAGCUGAAUCUUCCUGCAACUGCAUUCACUAGAAAAAAUAAUGUAUAUAGAGGAAUAAGGCUUAAGGUGAAAUGGAAUGCCAAUGUGACUUUGCCAUGCUUAAGUAACUAUGUCUAGUGGGUAGAGGUACUUUUGUUGGGUCACACUUUGGGCUCAACUGCAUUCA